AUAAAACAUAAAAAAAACGAUAAAAUACAAAUACGUUUGCAAACUAUAUUUAAGAAUAUUCAUAAUAAAAUGGACACAAAAGAAGCAAACAAAUAUAGAAAUGAUUUUCCUUAUUAUUAUAAUCUGAGAGAACAUUGGUGGAAUGCAAAUAGAAAAGAGGUAUGGAAAGCAAUGACUUGUGCUGCGCCAGAAAAUGCUUAUUUUAGAAAAACAGAACCAGAUGGAACAGGAAUUUCAAGUUUAAUUUGGCCAUAUGAUAAAUGUGGACGUGAUAAAGAUCCCCCUGUUGAUGAUUAUAUACCUCAAAGGAUUCGUUGGUUGACUGAAUGGUCUGAAUAUUUCUGUAAAGAAAUGAAUAAAAAACUUGAUGACAUGCAAGAACAAUGUUAUAAAUGUACCAGUGGAAAAUGUAAGGAUGAUGAUGAAAAUGGAACUGAAUGUCAAAAGUGCAAAACACAAUGUCAAGAAUAUAAGAAGUUUAUUAAUAUUUGGAAAUCUCAGUUGGAAAUACAAUCGAUUAAAUAUAAUGAAUUGUAUGAAAAAGCGAAUAACACUAGUACUAAUAAUACCAAUAAUGGUUUUCCUAGAUAUAGACAAAGAGGAAGACCUAAACCU